AUGACUUUUGCUAGUGAUCAGGACGACUGGGGAAUUACCCGCGCUCGUUCCAUCGAUUCGAAGAGCAAGAGAAGUCUAGGUUAUCAAAGUGACAAUAAUGAUAAGACAUUACGACCUACGUGUAAUGCCAAUGAAGAGUUCAGAGAAUGUGGUACAGCUUGUGAGCCAACGUGCUGGAACACCGAACCAAAAAACUGCCCAGACAAGUGCGUACUUGGAUGCGAAUGCAAGAAGGAUAUUUCAGAAGCGGAGAUGACACGCAUUGCUUGCCUCCCAUUGCAAUGCGAAAAUGGACGCGGACUCAGGAGUAGAUUCAGCCCAACAUGGCGAGGGCUGCCGAUUCCUGCGCAAAAUAAUCAAGCGUUCUCGAAAUCCUCAUCGACAGGAUUGGACAACUGCACAUCUCACGGCUCAUUCGGCCUCGAUCACCAUGUACGUAAGAACAAAGUGACCACGCAACGGAAAUGUCUGGAAACUGGAGUUCCGUGGUCGACACGCGGUGUGUCUCUCAGCCGUCAUGCAUGGUGCUUAUCGCUGAAAGGGAGCGACCAAACGGUGCGUUCCCCUGGAUUACUACUACAACUGAUAAUUGAGUAUCAUUACGCUCAUACUCGUAAACUACCUCCUUAUUCCUACCAGUCCCUCGUGAGACCUCAACAUCCUCAAUUUCGUGGUAUGCUGCCUUCGAAUCCACAUGCUACCUUCCUGAACCAGUUGUAUAUCAAGUUGCUACAAAAGCCUACAAUCAUGAUGCUGCUCACCCUUGCAAGCUUUCUUCUGCUACCUGCCGUCAACGCUCAGUUCAGAAGAUGUUUUGCCAAUGAACAAUUCAAUGCCUGCGCCGCUCCUUGUGAGGCAACAUGUAGAGAUCCUAGUCCGGAGAUUUGCCCGGGGUGUGCAGCUACGUGUGAGUGCAAGCCAGGUUUCCUAAGAAAUAAAUAUGGCGCUUGCGUGGAUGACUGCGACAGCCUUCAGACAUUACGACCUACGUGUAAUGCCAAUGAAGAGUUCAGAGAAUGUGGUACAGCUUGUGAGCCAACGUGCUGGAACACCGAACCAAAAAACUGCACAGACAAGUGCGUACUUGGAUGCCAAUGCAAAGAAGGAUAUUUCAGAAACGGAGAUGACUGCAUUGCUCCAUUGCAAUGCGAAAAUGAAUCCAAGAAAGGUGACGCUUGCCAUGAAAAUGAAGAACUCGUAGAAUGCAGCGCUCCCUGUGAACCGACUUGUGAAAAUUCCAAUCCGGAUCAUCAGGAUUGCAGACAUGACUGCGUAGAUGUUUGUCGGUGCCGUAAAGGCUUCGUUCGUGGUCCGAAUGGUUACUGCUUUCUGCCGGUGGAAUGUCCUUCUAUUGAGCAAAAACCUCCCACUCAAAACUCCCUAGACAGUUGUGAUGAUAUUGAAUGUCCAGAGGGAACCACUUGCACUAUGGCGGAAGACGACUGUCCGUACCCACCCUGUUCACCACCCAUAGCAGUGUGCUAUCCUCCGUUCCCUCAGAGAUCACCAGUGCAGUGUGGACCGAACGAAUUGCUGACAACAUGUUUCGGAUGCGAACCAACGUGUGAUCAUAUGAAUCCAGAUUGCGAAGUCUCUUGCGGCAAUCCCAGAUGUGUGUGCGAGGAAGGAUUCGCUCGGACUUUUUUUGGAAAGUGUAUUGAGAAGGAGGAAUGCAUAUAUGUUAUGGCAAAGGAUCGACCGCCGAAGAUACCCGUAGACAGCAAUUUGCUCUCUCAGAGAUCAUCAGUGAUGUGUGGACGGAACGAAGUGUUAGAAAGGUGCUUUGGAUGCGAACCAACAUGUGACUUUAUGAAUCCAGACUGCAUAGUCACUUGCGGCGACCCCAGAUGCGUGUGCAAGCAAGGAUUCGCUCGGACUUUUUUUGGAAAGUGUAUUGAGAAGGAGAAAUGCAUAAAUCUUAUGGCGGGGGAUCAACCAAAUGCGCCCGCAGACAGCAACCCGUUCUCUCAGGGAUCAUCAGUGAUGUGUGGACGGAAUGAAGUGUUAGAAAGGUGCUUCGGAUGCGAACCAACAUGUGAUUUUAUGAAUCCAGACUGUGAAGUUACAUGCGGCACCCCCAGAUGUAUGUGCGAGAAAGGAUUCGCUCGGACUUUUUUUGGAAAAUGUAUUAAGAAGGAGGAAUGCAUAUAUGUUACGGCAGGGUAUCAAUCGAAUGACAGGAAGCGAAUCGACAAUGCACACGUUGACAGCAAUCUAUUCUCUCAGAGCUCAUCACCGAAAUGUGGACCAAACGAAUUGUUAAAAAAGUGCUUUGGCUGCGAACCAUCAUGUUUUCACAUAAACCCAGACUUCGUGAAGAAAUCUGAACGGUCUUCCUGUAGUGUGCUUAAUAUCGCGGGGAACCCAGUCGCCCACGGCGCUGGUCCAACGGUUGUCAUUAAAGCGCAUCAGGUGUCAGGCCCACCUUAUUUUACUUUCCUUGGCAAACGCGGCGGCGUCUCUAAUCUUCGAUCGCUGACGUAG